AUCCCCAGCGUGAAGUGGGAGGACGUGGGCGGCCUGCACGACAUCAAGCGGGCCAUCCUGGACACCGUGGAGCUGCCACUGAAGCAUCCAGAGCUGUUUGCGGGUGGCCUCCGGCGGCGCAGCGGCGUGCUGCUCUAUGGGCCCCCAGGCACGGGUAAGACGCUGCUGGCCAAGGCGGUGGCCACCGAGUGCUCCAUCAGCUUCCUGUCGGUCAAGGGGCCGGAGCUCAUCAACAUGUACGUGGGAGAAAGCGAGCGCCAGAUCCGCGAGGCAAGCGUAUUUGCGCGCGCCCGCCGCGCCCGCCCCUGCGUCGUCUUCUUCGACGAGCUCGAUUCGCUGGCGCCUGCCCGCGGCCGCGGCUCAGACAGCGGCGGCGUCAUGGACCGAGUUGUCAGCCAGCUGCUGGCUGAGAUAGAUGGUGUCCAGGUCGGCGACGUGUUCCUGGUGGGUGCAACCAACCGCCCCGACCUUCUAGACCCCGCGCUGCUGCGCCCUGGCCGCCUGGACAAGCUGCUCUACGUGGGCAUCGCCAGUGAGUGGGUGGGAUGGGUGGGGACAGGGUGA